UGACCCCGCCGGGAGGUUGGUGGGGUGAGAGGGCAGGCCGCCAUUUUGCCGUGUUAGCUCCUGAGGGAUCGAUUGGGGCAGACAGCAGGAUUGACCGAUACAUACUUACAUAGAGAGAGAGAGAGAGAGAGAUAUGUCCUCCUUCUCCGAGUCCGCCCUCGAGAAGAAGCUCGCUGAGCUGAGUAACUCACAGCAGAGUGUGCAGACCCUCUCUCUGUGGCUCAUCCAUCAUCGGAAACACGCAGGGAUCAUCGUGCACGUCUGGCACCGGGAGCUGAAGCGAGCUAAACCAAGCAGGAAAUUGACUUUCAUCUACCUGGCUAAUGAUGUCAUUCAGAACAGUAAGAGGAAAGGUCCUGAAUUCACCAAGGCUUUUGAGGGAGUUCUUGUGGAUGCUUUUUCGCAUGUUGCCAGAGAAUCUGAGCAGAGUUGUAAGAAACAAAUGGAACGAGUCCUGAAUAUCUGGCAGGAAAGAAUUGUCUAUGAUGUUGAUUUUAUUCAACAACUUAAGUUAACCGUGGAUGAAUCUAACAGUCCGCUUCCAGUAGAGAAUGCUGGUUCUAAGGUCGUAUACGAUCAACCACCAUCUUGCCCGUCAUCCAGUGAAAGGCAGUUUCGGUCUAACAGAGUUCGUAAUGCUGAGGUUGUAAAAGGUCAUGAAUCAGCAACAUCUGACUCUUCAUGCAGCAUCUCAUCUGAUACCAGAUAUAUAG